AUGCGCUGGGCGACCAGCACGCGCAAAGACCCCGAAGGCGAGCCAGGCACCAACGCGGUUGCCUACCAGGUGAACCAGCUGUUGGACCGGCAGAUGCGUAACCAAUUUGUGCGCAAAGUCUGUCUGCUCGUGAUGAUCAUGCUGGCGGUUACUGGCAUUUACAUCAUUUACGACUUGCAGCUAAUCGUCGGCGGCAAGCACCGGCAGUUCGAGUUCUCAGUCGACGACUGGGCCAUCGCAACGCUUUGUCUCUACACAGACAUCAUCCACCUCUUCAUACGCAUCUUGCGUCUUGUUGCGUUUGCACAGCACGACGGCCUCUUCGCAAAUGCGCGUGAAGUUGUCCAUCACAAAAGAGUUCAUGAUGUUCAUGGCCUUCGAACUGAUGGUCAUGCUGCUGUCGGUGUUUUUCAAAAUCUUGUUGAUGUAGGACGAAUAGCGCCCCUGCAUCGACGAAGACUUAGACCUGCGCUUCUCGCUGUCGCGCGCAACCUUGCUCUGGAACUUCUGAUCACUCUUCUCCAUUGCGCUGAGGAUGAACUUCGAACGUUUAGUCGCUUAAAAUAA